AUGUCACCCUACCCCUCAUCCCCUACCUACACCAUCUCCCCCUACCCCUCAUCCCUACCCUCCAACAUCUCCCCCUACCCCUCAUCCCCACCCUCAAACAUGUCACCCUACCCCUCAUCCCCACCAUCCAACAUAUCACCCUACCCCUCAUCCCAACCCUCAAACAUCUCACCCUACCCCUCAUCCCCACCCGCAACAGGGCCCCCGACCCCCAGCCCCACCCGCGAAGCGCACCCGGAACCCCGAGCCCCACAAGCCAACACCACCCGACCCGCAGCCCCACCCGCGAACAGCGCACCCGGGGAACCCCGCAGCCCCACCCGCGAAAGCGCACCCGACCACGCAGCAGCCAACAGCGAACCCGACCCGGAGCCCACCCGCCAACAGAGCACCCGACCCCGCAGCCCCACCGCGAACAGCGCAGCCACCCGGCAGCCCCACGCGAACAGCGCACCCGACCCGCAGCCCCAAAAGCGCACAGACCGCCAGCAGCACCCGCGAAAGCGCAGCCGACCCGCACCCCCCGGGCCAACAGGCACCGGGAACCCGCAGCCCACCCCAAAAACACCACCGACCCGCACCCCCACCCCAAAGGCGGGCCGACCCGCAGCCCCACCGCAACAGCGCACCCGGACCCCGCAGCCCCACCGCAAACAGGCAGCCGACCCCGCAGCCCACCCGCAAACAUCUCACCUACCCCUCAUCCCCACCCUCCAACAUCUUACCCUACCCCUCAUCCCCACCCUCCAACAUCUUACCCUACCCCUCAUCCCCACCCUCAAACAUCUCAUCCUACCCCUCAUCCCCACCCUCAAACAUCUCACCCUACCCCUCAUCCCCACCCUCCAACAUCUCACCCUUAACCCCUCAUCCCCACCCUCAAACAUCUCACCCUACCCCUCAUCCCCACCCUCUAACAUCUCACCCUACCCCUCAUCCCCACCCUCCAACAUCUCACCCUACCCCUCAUCCCCACCCUCCAACAUCUUACCCUACCCUUCAUCCCCACCCUCUAACAUCUCAUACUACCCCUUGGCCCCACCCUCCAACAUCUUACUCUACCCUUUGUCCCCACCUUCCAACACCUUACCCUACCCCUCGACCCCACCAUCUCACCCUACCCCUCGACCCCACCCUCUAACCCUCGACCCCACCCUCUAA